GGGUAUGGAUGGGUAUGUGAGGGGUCUAGUAUGCUUUUAGGUGCACAGUGGGUAUCCUUGCAAAUGUGUCUCUGGGGGGGGGUGGACUAUAUAUGCAUGGUGUCCAAAGUGUGUGUGCAUAUACUUAAGGAUGUCUACACACAGUGUGUAUGUGAGGGGAAUAGUGUGUUGAUGUGUGUGUUUCUGUGGGGUAUGUGGACAGAGGGAGAGUGAGUGAACGUGUGUGUAUGUGUGUGUGUCUGGGAGGGUGUGGAGUGAGUGUAUGGAUGUGUGUGUGUAGUGCAGGUCUAUACUGGGUAGGUAGGGUGUGUUUGUGUGUGCAUCUGUGUGAGGGACCGUGUACACGUGUGAAUGUGUGUUUUUCGGGGCUCAGGAAGGUAGGUGCCCUGUGCACUGGAAGGAGUACCUGCGCAGGCCAGUACAGUGUGAAUUUUUGUGUGAGUGGAGGGGUGUGUACCUGUGUACCUGUACAGGGUGUGCAGCGUGUGACUGCGGAGGCUCUGUGUGUGUGGGUGUGUAUGUGUGUGGGAUGGGGCGGCCGCGCAAUGGGGCCGCCCCGGAGGGGGAGGUGUCCGCCCUGGGCGACUCGCCGGCGUGUCCCAGCUCGGCGCCUUCAGCUGGGAGGCGCGGGAGGCGCGGAGCCGCUCUAGCCAUCCUGCAGCCAUCUGCGCGGGUCGUCCGUCCGCUUACAGCCUCUGGGUCCCGGGCCCGCGGCUCCGCGGGGCAGGCGGGGACCCCUGGGGCCCGCCUGCCGCCCGGAGGGCCGAGGACGCCGCCCGCGGGGCGCCGAGGAGCGGCCGUGGGCCCCCGCGCGGUGCGCCCCACUCCGGAAGCCAGGCCCACGGCGGAAUGGGGCCGGGGCGGCGGCCGGGCCCGGGGGCUCCUACCGGCCGCCGCGCCUGCGGGCAGCACCGUGUGGCGCGUGGAGCCCGCGGGGGCCCGGGGCUGUCGCUGGGAGCGCGCCGUCGGUGUGGACUGCAGCGCCCCAGAGCCGCGCUGCCUCUGGCUGCCCUACCUCAACCACAACGACCGACACGCGUGUGGGUCACGCCUGCUGCCAUUGGGCCCGAGAGAUGGGUGCUCUCCUGGGCGUCCCCUCCCCUGGCAGGGGCCGAGGACACUGCUGCUGCACAAAAGUCUCCAGGAUGGCUUUGGCUUCACCUUGCGCCACUUCAUUGUGUACCCGCCUGAGUCCGCUGUGCACUGCGGCCUGAAGGAAGAAGAGAAUGGAGGAAGAGGAGGAGGACCCUCCCCUCGGCACCACCGCCUGGAGCCCAUGGAUACCAUCUUUGUCAAGAAUGUGAAGGAUGAGGGCCCUGCCCAUAGGGCGGGGCUUCGCACAGGAGACCGGCUGGUGAAGGUGAAUGGGGAGAGCGUCAUUGGGAAGACCUACUCCCAGGUCAUAGCUCUGAUCCAGAAUAGCGAUGAUACUCUGGAGCUUUCCAUCAUGCCCAAGGAUGAGGACAUCCUCCAGCUGGCCUACUCCCAGGACGCCUACCUGAAGGGGAACAAGCCGUAUUCUGGAGAGGCCCGGAGGAUCCCAGAGCCGCCCCCAAUCUGCUACCCUCGCAAGACCUAUGCCCCGCCACCCCGGGUCUCCACCUGGGCCACUAUGGUGCCUGAGCCCCUCUCAGCACUGCCCAGUGACCCGCGGAGUCCUGCUGCCUGGAGUGACCCAGGGCCCCGAGUCGCAUCCACUGCCCGCGUCCAUCCAGACAACCCUUCCUUGGGGAUGAGCCAGCCCCGCCCCAGCCCUGGUGCCUUCCCCCACCUCCCUUUGGAGCCCCGGACACCCCGUGCCUUCCCGGAGCCUGGCAGCCGGGUGCCCCCCAGCAGACUGGAGUGCCAGCAGGCCUUGUCACACUGGCUGUCAAACCAGGUACCCCGCAGGGCGGGGGAGAGACGGUGCCCCGCCAUGCCCCCUCGGGCCCGCAGUGCCUCCCAAGACCGGUUAGAGGACGUGACUGCCCAUCGCCCGUGGCCCUGCUCCACCUCUCAGGGUGCCUUGAGUCAGCUGGGCCAGGAGGGCUGGCACCGAGCUCGCUCAGACGACUACCUGAGCCGGGCCACCCGCUCAGCUGAGGCACUGGAGCCAGGGGCACUGGCGUCACCCCGCUUUGAGCGCUGUGGCUGGGCUUCCCAGCGUCCAUCUGUCCGCACUCCUGCCUGCCCAUCCAGAGACCUGCCCGGGCCCCAGGCCCCACCCCCGCCUGGUCUGCAAGGACUGGAUGACAUCGGGUACAUUGGGUACCGGAGCUAUAGCCCAUCAUUCCAGCGCCGGACUGGCCUCCUGCAUGCACUCUCUUUCCGGGACUCACCCUUUGGGGGCCUGCCUACCUUCAACUUGGCCCAGUCCUCUGCACCAUUCCUACCGGAGGACUCUGAACCACCCAGAGUUUUCCGGCCAGAACCCAUCACCCGGGCACUGGAGCCUCCCACCGAGGAUCGUCGAGACGAGGUGGUCCUGAGGCAGAAGCCUCCAACGGGCCGCAAGGUCCAACUACCCCCUGCAAGACAGAUGAACCUUGGGUUUGGUGACGAGUCCCUAGAGCCAGAAACCAGUGGGCGAAGGGAACGCCUGGGAAAGAAGGUGGUCCCUCUGGCCACUACUGAAGACUCUCUGGCUUCCAUCCCCUUCAUUGAUGAGCCCACCAGCCCCAGCAUUGACCUUCAAGCCAAGCACGUUCCUGCCUCUGCUGUGGUCUCCAGCGCCAUGAACUCUGCCCCCGUCCUGGGCACUAGCCCAUCUUCCCCAACCUUCACCUUUGCCGUUGGCCGCCAUUACUCCCAGGACUGCAGCAGCAUCAAGGCUGGCCGCCGCUCCUCCUACCUGCUGGCCAUCACCACAGAACGCUCCAAGUCCUGCGAUGAUGGGCUCAACACCUUCCGGGAAGAGGGCAGGACCCUGCGGCGCCUGCCAAACCGAGUACCCAGCUUGCGGAUGCUUCGAAGCUUCUUCACUGAUGGGUCCUUGGAUAGCUGGGGCACUUCCGAAGAUGCUGACGUUCCUUCUAAGCGACACUCAACCUCUGACCUCUCGGAUGCGACCUUCAGUGAUAUCAGGAGGGAAGGCUGGUUGUAUUAUAAGCAGGUCCUCACCAAGAAGGGGAAGAAAGCGGGCGGCGGCCUGCGCCAGUGGAAGCGCGUGCACGCUGCGCUGCGGGCGCGCUCCCUCUUGCUGAGCAAGGAGCGGCGGGAGCCCGGGCCAGCGGCGGCAGGGGCGGCGGCGGCCGUCGCAGGUGAGGACGAGGCGGCGCCCGUCUGCAUCGGCUCCUGCCUGGUGGACAUCUCCUACAGCGAGACCAAGAGGAGGCACGUGUUCCGGCUGACCACCGCUGACUUCUGUGAAUAUCUCUUUCAGGCUGAGGACCGGGAUGAUAUGCUGGGCUGGAUCAGAGCAAUCCGAGAGAACAGCAGGGCCGAGGGCGAGGACCCCGGCUGUGCCAACCAAGCUCUGAUCAGCAAGAAGCUUAACGAUUACCGAAAAGUGAGCCAUAGCUCUGGGCCUAAAGCUGAUUCCUCCCCAAAAGGCUCUCGUGGCCUGGGGGGCCUCAAGUCUGAGUUUCUCAGACAGAGUGCUGCACGUGGCCUCAGGACUCAGGACCAGCCAGCAGGAAGCAAAGAUGAUAGUGUUGCUGCCUCCAAAAGCCCCUGGGGCAUCAACAUCAUCAAGAAGAACAAGAAGGCAGCCCCCAGAGCAUUUGGGGUCCGGCUGGAGGAGUGCCAGCCAGCCACAGAGAACCAGCGCGUCCCCCAGAUUGUGGCUGCAUGCUGUCGCAUUGUGGAAGCACGUGGACUGGAGUCCACAGGCAUUUACCGAGUGCCAGGCAACAAUGCAGUGGUUUCCAGCCUGCAGGAGCAGCUCAACCGCGGGCCUGGUGACAUCAACCCACAGGAUGAGCGCUGGCAAGACCUCAAUGUGAUCAGCAGCCUACUCAAGUCCUUCUUCCGGAAGCUACCUGAGCCUCUUUUCACGGAUGACAAAUACAACGACUUCAUCGAGGCCAAUCGCAUUGAAGACUCAAGGGAGCGGAUGAAGACACUGCGGAAGCUGAUCCGGGACCUCCCAGGACACUACUAUGAAACACUCAAAUUCCUUGUGGGCCAUCUGAAGACCAUUGCUGACCACUCAGAGAAAAACAAGAUGGAGCCCCGGAACCUGGCCCUGGUCUUUGGGCCAACGCUGGUGAGGACGUCCGAGGACAACAUGGCAGACAUGGUGACCCACAUGCCCGACCGUUAUAAGAUUGUGGAGACGCUGAUCCAGCAUUCAGACUGGUUCUUCAGUGAUGACGAGGACAAGGGAGAGAGAACCCCUGUGGAUGACAAGGAGCCUCAGUCAGUGCCCAACAUCGAGUACCUCCUGCCCAACAUUGGCAGGACAGUGCCGCCUGGUGACCCAGGUUCAGAUUCCACCACCUGUACUUCAGCCAAGUCCAAGGGUUCGUGGGCCCCCAAGAAGGAGCCGUACGCCCGGGAGAUGCUGGCGAUCUCCUUCAUCUCGGCUGUCAACCGCAAGAGGAAGAAGCGGCGGGAGGCGCGGGGGCUGGGCAGCAGCACAGAUGACGACUCGGAGCAGGAGGCGCACAAGCCCGGGGCGGAGGCGCCGGGCACCCAGGACCAGCCGGAGGAGCGGCUGCCGGGCGCUCCCGCCCCCGAGGCCCCCGGGCGCCUCAGCCCCCCGGCGGCGCAGGAGGAGCGGCCGGCUGCGGACACGCGCUCCAUCGUCUCGGGCUACUCCACGCUGUCCACCAUGGACCGCAGCGUGUGCUCAGGCGCCGGUGGGCGGCGAACGGGCGCGGGGGACGAGGCGGACGACGAGCGCAGCGAGCUGAGCCACGUGGAGACGGACACUGAGGGUGGCUCGGCCCCCGGGGGGCACCUGGCGCGGCGGCCCUCCUUCAGCUCGCACCACCUGAUGCCCUGCGACACCCUGGCUCGGCGCCGCCUGGCCCGAAGCCGCCCGGAUGGCGAGGGCGCGGGCGCGGGGCGGGGCGGUCCCCGCGUCGUGGAGCCAGCCGGCUCCGCCUCGUCCAGCAGCCAGGAGUCGUUGCGACCGGCGGCUGCGGUGGUGGCGGCCUUGGGCGCGCGGCCCUCGCGCCUCGAGGCGCUGCGGCUAUGUAAGUAA